AAUAGUCAUCCAAAAAUUGGAUUUAUUUUUCAUGGAAAAUGAUACUGAUGAAGAAUUAACUAAGCUCUUUGAGCAAUAUAUAAACAAUUAUAGAGAGUCAGGCUGGUGUAUAGAACAACAAUACCUACAGAUUAUAAGAGUGUUGGGUAAUGGUGCUAGUGGAACAACGUAUGAGGGAAAAUAUAGAGAAGCUAAAGUUGCGGUGAAGGCUUAUUCUGCAAAGAUAUUGAAAGAGGACUUUGUGAGCGUUCGAAACGAGAUGGAAUUACUAGCGCGCUUGUCACACCCAAACAUUAUUAAAUUCUAUGGUAUAUGCUUCAUGAAGAACCCGUUCGCAGCUUGCCUAGUGACAGAACUUGCACCUCACGGAGAACUUGGAAAGGCUCUCUAUCCGAAGUCCGGUAUCAAUCUAUUUUCAAGGUUAGGUCAAGACAUCAAGUUCAAAAUUGCCAUUGGAGUUGCGCGUGGGUUGCAAUAUCUUCACAAAAAUAAAGUAAUACACCGAGAUGUGAAACCUGCCAACGUGUUGCUUGACGAGCAGAAUGAACCGAAACUUACCGAUUUUGGAUUUUCAAGACUGGUUGACUACUCGGGGAGAAUGACUGGAGAGACAGGUUCGUAUAAAUACAUGGCUCCUGAAGUGAUGCGACAUCAAAAAUAUUCUGAGAGCGCAGAUAUUUAUAGUUUUGCUGUAGUGAUAAAUGAAAUGUUUUGUGAAGAGCCUCCAUAUAGAUACUUACUUCCAGUUCAGGCCGCGAUUGCAGUUGCAAAGAAAGGAGCUAGACCUAGUACAAAGAAGAUAAAGAACGACAUUUUAAAGGGCAUGAUUGAACGUUGCUGGUCAGAAGAUCCUGCUGAACGACCUGAUUGGGAAACAGUAAUUGAUAGUCUGCAACAGGCGGAGGUGUAUCAAAAGAAGCCAACAUCGGUUUUUGAAAUGUUCAGAAAGAAGUAGAAACUAUAGAGAUACACGUUUUCUUUAAAGAACAUUAUUCAGAGAAAAUAAAUUCACGUUGACAAGC